UUUCGGGUCUGUCUCUAGAGUCAAGCUCUCAAUUUUAUUGACAAGUUUAUUGAUAGAAAUAUUUCUAGUCAAGUUUAAAUUGAUAUAAUCACCAUACAGUUAGGUAUAAUAAUCACUGUUAACAGUGCUAAACAAUCUAAUAUUUUUUUGUUCUCAAAUUCCGUAAUAAACAUGAGUAAACGAAGAAGUGGCGACAGAGUAAAUGAUGGAGAAGCAACACAAUCAAAGAGAACUAAAACUACUGGUCACUGGAGUAUGGGUCUUCUACAGACCGUUGAUGACCCACAGUUUUUUACAAAAGCCGAUGAACUGGUGAAUGUUAUAAAAGAUAAAUACCCAAAAGCCAAAUUUCAUUAUUUAAUAAUGCCGAAAGCAAAAAUAGCAAGUUUAAAAUCAGUCACCAGUGAGCAUGUUUCAUUAUUGAAACACAUGGAGGAGGUUGCUUUGGGAAUUAUAAGUUCCGAUGAACAUAAACAAAGCACAUUUAAACUGGGUUAUCAUGCAGAACCAAGUAUGGCUCGAUUACAUUUACAUGUCAUCAGUGAUGAUAUGAAUUCAGAAUGUCUUAAAACGAAGAAACACUGGAAUAGUUUUACAACUGAUUUUUUUAUAACUUCUGAGGACAUUCGUCACAAUUUAGACGAAAAUGGCAGAGUUGUGCUACCCUCCAGGGAUGUUUGUAAGAGAUAUAUGGAAACGCCCCUGAGAUGUCAUAAGUGUGAUGUAAAACCAAAAAAUAUGCCGGAACUAAAAAAGCAUAUUCUGACACAUUAAAGAAAAAAAGUUUAACCAUGAUAUUACUACUUGCUAUAGGCCUAGUUACCAAUAUGUCCAUUUGUUGAAUGAAGAAUUUCGAGUUGGUUGUCAAUAAAAAAAAUGUUUCUAUAA